AAGCACAACAGAACAGAAAAAGCGCGCUAGAGUUUAAAGAAAAAAUAUUAUAGCUCUGGUAGCAGUAAAAACUGACGAGUCAAUCAACUUAAACAACGGGAAAGUUUACCCACCAGCAAAUGAAACCAAAAAAAAACUUAAUGAAGGAAAAUUCUAACUGUCCGCUGUAGAUGCUAUUGUAAAAAAAAAAAAAAACAUUGUGGAAAAAAUGAUAAAUAAGCCACCGAUACGAUUGCCAACACCACCAACAACAAAAUUCACCCACCCACAAAGCAACACUGCUCGCUAAUUAAAUAAGUAGGCAAAAGAGUUCGUGUGUACAUACACGUGUGUGUGUGUGUGUGUGUGUGUAUCUAUGUGUAUGUCCGUGAAUGCUUGAAAGUAUUUAACAAACCAUCAAAUUAGCAACAGCAAAACGUCGUUAAAAGCGCAAAGAAAACAACAAAAUGACGCUACGCAUUUCAGCCAAAUAUAAAAAUCAUCUUGGCCUCAUCAUUUAUGGUUUUGCUGCGUUGCUAUUGCUGCUGACAGCUGCACCGUUGGGCAGUCAAGCGGGGCGUAUAUUUGAUGUGACAAACUUGGAAUACGUCAAUGUGGUCGCUGAAGCUAGAAAGAAUGUUACUAUUCUAUGUCCCGGCGUGUCAGAGCACUCGCUUGUGGAUACUUUAGUGUGGAAGACCUCAACAACAACAAUAGCACAGUUUGCUAAUCGAAUACAGCAUCUACACAGUCCGAGGAUACAACUGCUCUCGGAUAAUUUUGGGCUGCAGUUUAAUCCAGCCAUCGCCACCGAUACGGCAGAGUACUUUUGCCUUGUCAAUGAUCGUCACAUACCGGAGGCGAUAGUAGAUCUGCUGGUGCAUGAUGUUCCCGAUCCACCUGAGCGCCCACUCUUAAUAAGUUUCACAUCGCGUUCUGUGAAUCUUUCUUGGGCGCAUUCGCAGCAUCCACGAAAUGCACCAGUGACGCACUUUAUUAUAGAAACUCGGGUCGGCGAAGAUGGUACAUGGGAUCAAGUGCCACAAAUUUUAACCAAAUCGAAUGCUACUUCAUAUCAAGUUACUGGACUUAUACCAUUCACCGUUUAUAGCUUUCGCUUGUUGGCUGUGAAUAAAUUGGGCAUCAGUCCACCGUCCAAGGAAUCUUACUACAUUGUUACACUGCGAGAGGCACCAACUGGCAAGCCAAUACCCACCACCGCACACAACACCUCGUCCACGUCCGUGUACAUAUCGUGGAAAGCACCGCCGCCGGAUACCAUACUUGGAGAAUUUCUUGGUUAUCGGAUAACGUAUCGGCCGCGAGAUCGAAAUGAUACCAAGGAGAUUUACAUACGCGACAGCACCGUUGAGAGUCAUGAAAUUACAAAUUUGGAGACCUAUACACAGUACAAAGUUACCGUGCAAGUUUUCAAUCCAGAAGGCUUGGGUCCCGAGACCACCAUACUGGUUAUGACCGAUGAAGGAG